AUGUCGUUUGUUAAGGAAGACAACAUGUUGUUGAACGGGAGGGGCAUUUCAAAUAAUAGAGCCAGAACAUUAGCUUUGAGAAUACGCUUCAGUAUAUUGAAUAGGCAAUUCUUGCUCGGUCAAGCGGCUUCUCCCCGUUUCUAUCGUGGUGUGGCGUUGAAGCCCAUCUUCUGUGGAAAUGUCUUCAGUUCUUUGAUUCGUUCUGUAGCCAGAAAUCCAUCUUUAGCGAAACAAUUAUUUGGUUAUGCUAUUUUGGGAUUUGCUCUAACGGAAGCAAUCGCCCUCUUUGCCCUAAUGAUGCGAUUUUUGAUCUUAUUAUAUUUCUAA